AUGCAAGCAGUCAAAGGGUGCACUAAGUUGGACAGGAUUUUUAAUGAAAAAUGUGAGAAAAGUCCCAACAAAAUAGUUGAGUUAAUCAUAAAAUUCACACUGCCCAUAAGAUAUGGAUCUCCAAUUCUGUAUGAUGGUGAUCAUACAGAGUGUGCAUUACUACAAUUUGUGCAAGAUCUUGGGAGAAGCUAUGAUGCCAUACGAUAUGCAUACCCAUGUGAUUCAAUUACAAAGACUUAUCAUUUUAACACAGAGCGUAAAUACAUGAUGACUGUGGUUCCUCGUAAAACAGGAGGAUACCGUCUCUUUGUUAAGGGUGCUCCAGAAGUUGUACUGAAAAAGUGCCAGUUCUAUUGUGGCUAUGGUGGAAAAUUGAUUGAGUUUAACAGUGAAUCCAAACAGAAAUAUAUGUUAGAAGUAGUAGAUCCUAUGACAGAAGAAGGUCUACGAGUAAUUGCUAUUGCAUACCGUGAUUUUGUCCAAAAAUAUGCAAAGGUCAAUCAGUCAUUUAUUUUAGAGCAGCCUGACUGGGAUAAGGAAGAAACCAUAUUUUCAAAUCUGACACUUCUUGCAAUUGUGGGCAUUGCUGAUCCAAUGAGACCUGAGGAUUCAAUGAAAGCUAGACAGAAAGUUACCUAUCCAUUGGAGCAUAUGGUGAGAAAUGUAGGGAGGAAAUUGAAAGAUGUGGGUAGAUCCACUACCACACUUCUGUAUGGCUGCAACCCUUGGUGGUCCAGAUGACUUACAAGAGGUCAUAGAUGCUGGGUAAUGUACUCAAGCAUCUGUCAACCACAUCAGUUUUGUGACUGAAAUUUGUAAAUGCUAGCCAAGAAAUUAUGCUAUAUGAGGAAUUUGUGGAACUAUUUGUUUAGAAAAGUAGACACUGUUAUAGGUGGUGUUAUUAAACAUAAAUGUAUGUUUUUAAAGUAGGGGGAUUAACUUCCCAAUACCUUAUUUCACUUUAAAUAAUGUUGUGGAAGGCUGAUGUUCUACGACUGAUGAUUUUUUAUGUUCAACAUAGAAAUGUGAAACCUUAAAAUGUUCAAGAGUAGAUUCUAUGAGCCAUGUUGUACAUAAUUAUAAGUAUCUGGUAAAAUGAGGUACUGAUAGGUUGGUAGUCAUACAUUUCAAUGAAUUUUCUUAUCUCAACACUCAGUAUGAAUAUUUUUUUUAUCAAUUGUAAAUGAACCUUCUAUGCUUCUAUGUACAUAGGUAGUUUUUAUGAACAAUUAGCAAACAGCAUGGAAGACAGUUACGAUUCUGAUCAUAAGUUGAGUAUAGACCAUGUAAGAAGAUGUAUGCAUUUCUGAUUUCACACACCAAUUUUGGUCCUCAACCUACUUGAUUAAGUCAUCACUCAAAGCUAUUAAUGACUCUGUUUACCUUA